CGCGCGUCGCUUCUCUGUGGUCACGUGGCUGCGUUUGAACGUGAGAUUCGGGAAAAAUAUGGCGGAGGCGGUGCCUUCUCCGGGCCUAAAUGUCAGGAGCUGUCGGGAACUAUGGACCAUUCUCCUUGGUCGCUCAGCUAUGCGAGAUGCGGCUCAGAUAAAAGAAGAGCUGAAUCUGUACAGGGGAAGAUUCCUUCAGGGACUGGCCUUCUACAAACCUCCCAGCACAAGCUCAGCUGACCGUGUUAAAGCCAACAAGGAUGUGUUACCAGCCCUGAAGGAGCUCGGGCUGAGAAUCAGCAAGUUCCUGGGGCUGGAUGAGGAGCAGAGUGUUCAGUUGCUGCAGUGUUAUCUUCAGGAUGAUUACCGAGGGACGCAGGACUCCAUAAAGCUAGUGCCUCAAGAUGAAAGACAGAGCCAGUCUUUGUUGCUUAAGAUAGCGGAGUAUUACUAUGAAGAAAGGAUCUGCAUGCUGCGAUGUGUCCUACAGCUCCUGACUUAUUUUCAAGAUGAAAAGCACCCGUUUAUGGAGGCGUUCAUGGGCUGUGUGUAUGCGCUGAAGGAGAAGGAUUUCAUAGGCAAAUACCACAAGCAGUUUGAGAAUCUUUUUAAACAAGAAGCUCCAACAUGGGAAACACAUGGAAACCUGAUGACAGAGCGCCAGGUGUCUCGUUGGUUUGUGCAGUGUUUGAGGGAACAGGCCAUGCUGUUGGAGAUCAUCUUCCUGUAUUACGCAUACUUUGCCAUUUCUCCCUCUGAACUUCUCGUACUGACCAAAUUGUUUAAGGAACAAGGGUUUGGACGAAGGCAGCAAAAUCGGCAUUUGGUGGAGCCAUCCAUGGACCCUCUGGUAGACAGAAUUGGCUACUUCUCUGUUCUGAUCUUGCUGGAAGGGAUGGACAUGGACUCUCUACAGGAAUGUGCCUUUAACGAUCAAAUCGAGCAGCACCCUUUUGCUUCACAAAGUCAGAUCUGCAAGGAAAUGGACAGCAUUCUGCUGAUGUUUGGGGACAUUCCGCACCACGCUCCUGUGCUCCUGGCCUGGGCCCUUUUGAGGCACACUCUUAGCCCAGAAGAAGCGACUCAAACAAUUCAUAAAAUGGGCAGCGCUGCCAUCCAUCUCCACGUCUUUCCCUAUUUGACACACAUGCUCCAAGCCCUAAGUAACGGAGAAAACAAUUGCACAACCAGCACCGCCUGUGUGUGUAUCUACAGCCUCUUGUGCUUUGUCCUGACGUCCUUGGAAGAACACACGUUAGGGAAACAACAGGAUAUUCUUGAUACUGCUUGUCAGGUGCUGGCUGCUCCGAACCUUCCAGACCUCUUCUGGAACACAGAACCCACAACUGGACUUGGGAUCUUGUUGGACAGCGUAUGUGGGGUGUUCCCCUAUCGCCUGUCACCUCUCCUGCAGCUUCUAACUGCUCUUGUCUCCAACAAAUCUACUGCCAAAAAGGUAUACACCUUCCUGGAUAAAAUGUCAUUUUACACAGAGCAGUACAAAUUUAAGCCCCAGGAUGUUCUGUCGCACGAUGAUGAGACUGUUUGGCGCAGACGUUCCCCAAAACUAAUUUAUGCCCUAGGGAUGGGGCAGACCAAUUUACGCAUCCCGCAGGGGACGAUCGGUCAGGUGAUGUCUGAUGAGAAUGGCUUUAUUGUACGCUGGGAGUAUUCAUACAGUAGCUGGACCCUCUUCACCUGUGAGAUUGAGAUGCUCUUGCACGUUGUCUCUACAGCAGAUGUUAUCCAGCAAUGCCACAGGGUUAAACCCAUCAUUGACCUGGUGCACAAAGUUGUAAGCACUGACCUGUCUAUAGCAGACUGCCUCCUGCCCAUCACAUCACGGAUUUACAUGCUUCUGCAGAGGUUAACCACUGUCAUGAGCCCCCCAAUGGAUUUCAUUUCAUCUUGUGUUAACUGUCUGACUACGCUCGCCAGUAGAAUGCCUGCAAAGCACAGAGGGAAUGAACGCUGGCGGAUAUGGCACACUUCUGGGAAUUGAGCAGGCUCAGGGAGAUUACAGUGUCACGAUUUCCUUUCUGGACUUGGUUACCACUUUAGUGAAGGGUCAGCUGGGCAGUACCCAGAGCCGAGGGCUGGUACCCUGCAUCCUGUUUGUUCUACGAGAAAUGCUUCCUAAUUAUCACAGGUGGCGAUACAACACGCACGGCGUGAGAGAGAAGCUGGGGUAUUUAAUCUUGAAGUUCAUACACGCCAUUCUCAACCUGAAUCCCGAUAUAGAGCCCCAUGCCAGCUCUGCCCCUAGUCUACAGCAGCUGUGCAUCUUCAGCUUGACCAGCACAGAGGCAGGACAAGCGAUUAUUAACAUCAUGGGGAUCGGAGUGGACACAAUUAAUGCAGUGAUGGCUUCUCAGACUGGCAGUGCAUCUGAAGGUCAGGGCCAUCUGCUAAUCCAGACUGUCAAACUGGCUUUUUCCAUCACUAAUAAUGUGAUCAGACUGAAGCCCCCAUCUAGCAGUGUGACCCCCCUGGAGCAAGCUCUCACUCAGCAUGGUGCACAUGGCAACAAUCUCAUUGCUGUCCUGGCUAAAUAUAUUUACCACAAAUAUGAUGGAGCUCUACCACGGCUGGCUAUCCAGUUGCUGAAGCGCCUAGCUACGGUGGCGCCCAUGUCCGUGUACGCCUGUCUGGGAAGCGAUGCUGCUGCUAUCCGAGACGCCUUCCUCAACCGCCUGCAGUGCAGCAUUGAGGAUAUGCAGAUCAAGGUCAUGAUGUUGGAGUUCCUCACUGUUGCUGUGGAGACUCAGCCUGGGCUAAUUGAGCUUUUCCUCAACCUGGAGGUGAAGGAAACCAGUGAGGGGACAAAGGAAUACGCACUGGGCCAGUGGAGCUGUCUGCAGGUCGUCCUGAAUUUAAUAGACUGUCAGCAGCCAGAGCGCUUCUGGUGCACUCCUUUAUUGCAGCGAUCGGCUAUCGCUUUCCUUCAUGCUCUGUGGCAGGACCGACGAGAUAGUGCCAUGACCGUGCUUAGGACCAAGCCUAACUUCUGGCAGAAUCUGACAAAGCCGCUCUUUGGCACACUUAUUCCACCUUUAGAGACCUCAGAGCUCAGCAUCCUGGAGACCUGCGCUUUCAUCAUGAAAAUUAUCUGCCUGGAAAUUUACUAUGUAGUCAGGGGAUCAUUAGACGACUCACUGAAAAACAUACUGAAGAGGUUCUCAGAGCAAAAAAGAUUCACGUAUUGGUCUGGGUAUGUCCAAUCGCUGGUCUGUCGAGUCGCAGACACCGAGGGCAGCUGCGCUUCACUCUCAGAGUAUCAAAUGCUGCUGUCAGCCUGGCGAGUGCUCCUCAUCAUUGCCACACACCACGCAGACGUUAUGCACCUGACAGAUCCGGAAGUGAAGCAGCUGCUGUUUCAAGAUGUGUUAAAAGGCACCCAUGCUCUGCUUGUGGUCCCCAGUUCUGUCUCCUGUCUACAACUCGGCUCCAUGCUGUGCACACUGAUGCUCAUCUUGCUCAGACAGUGGAAAAAAGAUCUCGGAUCGUCAGCGGACAUGCUUUGCUCCUUGACACAGAUUCUGGAAGGGGUGAUUCAGGCAGAUCAGCAGCUGAUGGAAAAGACCAAAGCCCGAGUGUUCUCUGCUCUGAUCUCAGUGCUGGAAAUGAAGCAGAUGAAAGCCAGUGACAUCCCUCAGUUUCAGCAGCUGGUUCUCAGUGUGUGUGAGACAUUGCAGGACGAGGUGGUAUUUCUUGUUGAUCACACACGGCAAGGGCUGACAACAGGAGAUGGUGUGGAUGAGAAGGACAGUAUGGAGACAGAAGAUGCACCUCGCAUACGACAGAGGGACCAACGUGACGGGGUCUGUGUGCUGGCGCUGCACUUGGCUAAGGAAUUGUGCCAGACUGAUGAAGAUGGAGAUCAUUGCUUACCACUGAUUAGGAAGCUGCCCAUGCUGCCUAUGCUUUUCAGUGCCCUGGAAGUCAGCCUACGAGUUAAGCAAAAUCUCCACUUCUGUGAAGCCACUCUCCAUCUUUUGUUCUCAUUGGCAAGGACCCAGCAGGGAGCAGCAGCCAUAGCAGGAGCUGGUGUCACACAAAGUGUUUGUUUGCCUCUUCUGAGUGUCUACCAGCUAAGUUCCAACGGCGGCAGUACGGCCCCGCUAGCUCUGUCCUCCAGAAAGGCAAUUGAUGCACCCUCGUGGCCUGGGGUGUACCGCUUGGCCAUGUCUCUCAUGGAGCGUCUUUUGAAGACAUUAAGAUAUAACUUCCUGACUGAGGCACUGGACUUUGUUGGAGUUCAUCAAGAGAGAAUCCUGCAGUGCCUAAAUGCUGUGCGAACAGUGCAAAGCCUGGCUUGUCUAGAAGAAGCUGAUCAUACCGUAGGGUUCCUGCUCCAGCUGUCUAACUUUACCAAGGAAUGGCACUUCCACCUCCCGCAGCUAAUGAAAGACAUCCAGGUGAACCUGUGUUAUUUAUGUCAGUCGUGCACAUCUCUGCUGCACAGUCGCAAGAUGCUCCUGCAUUAUUUACAGAUCAAGAAUGGAGAAGCCGUUUCCUCAACAACAACCCCUCGUGUUCAGAGAGCCCCACACACACCUUCCAAACAGCCAACCCAGGAAAGUGAGGCCCUGGAGCUUCGAGCGCUGCGCUCUGUCCAACACAGUCUUCUAAAGAUCCUUAGCAAGACGCUAGCCACUCUCCGAUCCUUCACACCAGAUCUCUGCCAGAUUCUUCAGGUUCAGCCCAUUGAUCUCGCACAGUAUAAUCUGCUCUUUGCAUUGAACUUUACUACUCCAGCGUUUGAUGCAAACGUAGCGCCGUCUUUUGGAACUCUCCUAGCCACAGUAAAUGUGAUGCUGAAUAUGUUGGCAGAGAUGGAUAAGAAGAAAGAGCCCAUGUUACUGACCCUGGGUACAUCUGUCCCUGCAGAAGACAAUAAGAAUCUGAAGUCUCUGUUGCUGUUUACCAUGGAGAACUGUUUCUACCUGCUAAUUUCUCAAGCUGUACGAUACUUACGGGACCCGUCCGUUCACCCUCGGGACAAACAGCGCAUGAAGCAGGAGCUUAGUUCAGAGCUGAGCACACUCCUCUCAAGCCUGUCCCGUUAUUUCCGACGAGGGGGGCCCUCCUCUCCUGCUGGGGGGCUUCUGCCUUCUCCUCAGCCUAAGUCUGUAGGUGCCAUGAAGGCAGUGCCUGAAGCACAAGAGCCCCUUAUACAGCUGGUACAAGCAUUUGUACGACAUGUACAGAGAUAAAGAGCUCUCACACGGACUUGUUUAUGCUGUGUACAUACUCCGUAUUGCAUACACAGGACCACAAAGUACUGUAACUGUACCCGACUAUUAAUGUUACCAGCAGCUGCAGGAGAGGUGACACAACCUCAUCGCCAGUACCGCUAGCAGGGCACACAACCUCAUCGCCAGUACCGCUAGCAGGGCACACAACCUCAUCGCCAGUACCGCUAGCAGGGCACACAACCUCAUCGCCAGUCCCGCUAGCAGGGCACACAACCUCAUCGCCAGUACCGCUAGCAGGACACACAACCUCAUCGCCAGUACUGUACAAACCACACCGCUCCUCGUGUAAAUGUUUCUGGGACCCAGCUGCUUAAAUGGACUGGAUUUUUGCAUCUUAAUUGCCACCAGUGCAGCGUAUGUCGGCUGCUUUUGUCAUGAAGAAUGCAAUGCUUGCCUGUGCCUGGUUUCACCUAAAGUAACUGGUGUACUUUUUUGAAUCCACAUAUUUAUACUGAAAGUAAAGAAAACUUGUUUCCA